UCCAGGGUUAUAUUGUCACAUAGCCGUUUGAAUCGCACGCACCACAUUUUCAUUCAGCCACAGGCUGUUCUUCAUAGAGCGAAGAUGUCUGCAAUAGAGACCCAUCCCAUGGCCGUCCACGUCGCUUCACUUGUACAAAGUUUUCGGCAAGUCCCGCCGGCGGCUGUUCCGGUGAUGCUGGAUUGCGUCAUGGCUUCAGCUGGAUUAGCUCCGUCUUCGCUCUUCUAUCCUCUUAUCGAUUCUUUCCACUUGGCAACUAAGGAAUCUGCCACGAAGCAAGAAAAAUUGGAUUCUGACCAAUGUAACUAUAUUUCUUCUUUCAUGCGUGCACUUUGUCACCUUUUAAAGAAGCUCGGGGCAAAUCAUGGUGCUCUGGAAUUAUUUAUUUUUAAAUGUUAUAUUCCAUUGACGAUGAUGGUGCAUGGCUAUGCUGGGGGAAUCCUUAAUGAGACUUCAGAAUCAUUCCUAGAGGUAUUGAUUGCAACAAAUACCUGGGAAAUUUUAGAGGCAACCUUGGUGCGUAUGUUUCUCAGAUCUGUGGGUCUUUCUAUGGGCAUGUAUCAAAAUGACAAAUUAACUAUGCAUGGAAGGAGCAGCUGCACCACUUUUGAGGGUUCGCAUGAGAAGACAAAUUAUUCAGAAUUGAAUAAAGAGUCUCCAUUUGUACCUUUUCCAUUAGCUUUAUCAUGUUAUAUUUUAACCUCAUUAUUGGAUGCUGCUCUACAAAGUCACGGAGCUGUGGAAAGCGGCUCUGAAUUGAUGUCAGCAAAUGGAUGUUAUGUGAAAAAAUUUUCUGUGAACUUGCUAUGGGAUUUAUGUAAUAUGUCUGUUCAAAUGCUUUCACAAACUUUGGAGUGCCGGUCCUGUGCAGUUGGUUCCUUCCUUCCUUGUAUUUUCAAAGCAUUUGUUCUGCACGACACAUUUGAAGUGUUAGUUAAUGGGCAGAGACACGUAUUUUCCAGGAAGCAUUUCUUUAUGAAACUGUGGAUGUGCUGCAAAACUCUGUUUUGCCUGGGGCCUGCAGAAAGAAGAGAUGCAUAUAGUGUACUCUCUCUGUAUUUGUCUUUUUUCUCUGAUACCGCUGGGUAUGGGGAUGCUUAUGCAAGUCAUGGAGCAGAAGAAUUUGAUGUGAUAGCUGAAAAAGAUUUUUGGAAUGAAAUAAAAAGAGGCUUGGUUGAUAAAGAGGGCCUUGUGCGGAAGCAGUGCUUGCAUAUAUUGAAGAUGGUGCUGAAUUUGAAUGAGGGAAAUGAAUGCUACUCUGGGUCUUCGGCAAAAGUAUUGCAUGAAAAUAGUUCAAUCCAACAUGGUGUUACAAAAAGGGAGUUAUGGGCUGAGAAGGAAGCCAAGUCGCUGGGGGUGGGGAAAAUCUGUAAUUCUGUUAAUAACUCUUUGAGUGGUCAACGGAGGUGGGAGGCUUUCUUACUUCUGUAUGAAAUGCUUGAAGAGUAUGGUACUCAUUUGGUUGAAGCAGCUUGGAAUCACCAGAUAACUUUGUUGCUUCAAUUUUCUUCCCCAAAUGAUGAGUAUCUGAAAAUUACUACUUGUGGAGUUUAUGAAAAUCAGAUGGGGACUUUGGAGGGAAUCUUCAAUUGGUUAGGAGUUUUGUGGGAGCGGGGACUUUGUCAUGAUAACCCUCAGGUUCGGUGUUUGAUCAUGCAGUCAUUCUUGGGUAUCGAGUGGAAGACUCUUGGAAGUUGCACAAAAUUUGUGCCUGAGAAUUUUGUGUUGGGUCCAUUCAUAUGGGGAUUGAAUGACCCUGUGCACCACAAAGAUUUUGGUUUAAAAGGAGUUUACACCUCAAGGAUGAUUGAAGGUGCUUCCAAGUUUUUACACCAAUACACUAGUCAUCUAAGUGUGAGGGUGGGGAUUUCAUUUUUAAGCAGUUUAGCAUCUCUUGCUAAACAGCAUUCUUUUGGACGAGUUGGAUUGAUGGGCCUUGCCAAAUGCAUCGCUUCAGCUGCUUGUGGAGUGCGAACACAUAGCAUCAGUGAAGAAAAUUGGUGCAAAGAUGCUUUAGAUAACGCGAUCCAAGAGAAAUCAGCUCCUAGAAGUCUUUCUCAGAAUGAUAAGACACAAUAUCUGGAGGUUCUGAGAUUUUUAAUUGAGAGCAGCAAGCAGCAUUUCAAUCCUAACUAUCGUCUGCAAGUUUGCGUGAAUGUGCUGGAGGCUGCUGCUUCAUUGGUGAAUACAUUUGGUGUCUCUUUUGAGAUACUCUUGCACUUUGUUUCAGCUUUGCCACGGGAAUUUACUGAUUGUGGUGGUAUCCUAAGAGUAAAAGUACAAGAGUGGCUUGUGGGGUCUGGUAACAAGUACUCUGGUGCCAAUUCCUGUACAAAAAUGCAGCUCCUGACAAGUCUUCUGGACUUCCCUAAAAAUUUUAUAAGUCAUCAAUUUUCUGUUGGUUUUUUUGAUGAUUAUGAUGAUCAAGAUUUGGAUUCAUGGGGAUCUGAAGCUGAAAGAUGGGCAAGAGUGCUUUUUCUUGUAAUCAAGGAGGAACAUGAUUUGGAACCAACAUUGAUGUUGCUUGAAAAUCAUGGUAUUAAUAUUUGCAAGAUGAACAAACAUUUGGAUUGGAAGCCCGUUAAAUUUCUCAUCCUUAUCCUGAGCCUGGUUCAGGAGCUUCAAAUAAUGCAAUAUAGAGCGACUGACUAUCUUGUAAAAAAAGUUGAUUCAGAAGCAGAAUGCGGUUCAUUUGAGAGAGUGGGUCAGUUAGUUCCAGAACAAGACUCCAUUUUGUUUGAGAAGUUUGCCAAGUGUUUUCUUUCUAUAUUGGAUGAUUUGAUCUCUUUUGCCAACUUGUCUUGUUCCAUAUUCUGGUCAAGCGUUGUGAUAGAGGACACAAUUCUACCUUCAUCUGUUACUGGAAAGCUUGGAGGCCCAAGUCAACGUCGAUUGUCAUCUUCUAUGACUACUUCAGUGUUGCAAGCUAUAGCUUCCAUGAGGACGGUUGCUUCAGUCUCAUCAUGGUGUGCACAGUUUAAAAAUGAUGCUUUGCUCGACUUUUCUUUCACUUUUUUGUGGAACUUCUUUUGGAAGAUUGUUUCAUCUCCAGCGUGUGAUUCUGAGACUGGAGCAGAAAUUUUUGUUGCAGCAUAUGAAGCUUUAGCUGCUGUGCUGAAGGCCCUAGUUUCUGCUCUCUCUCCUUCAGCUUUUGAUCUCAUGUGUAAUGAUAAAUCAUUGCUUCCACAAGUAGAGGGCAAACCUUUGCUAGAUACUCUGGUUCUUGCUUUUCUUCAGAACAUCAAUAAUCUCCUCACUGUUGGAGUUUUGGUGCGAACUCGGCGGGCAACUUUGAUGAAUUGGAAGUGGCUCUGCCUGGAAUCUCUGUUGGCAAUUCCUGCCCAUGCUGCUGCAAAAGUAAGUCAUUUGGAGAACAGUAUCAUCUUCUUCUCAGAGAGCACAGUCAAAUUUAUAUUUGGUGAUCUUGUUGAGAGCCUUGAGAAUGCUGGGGAAGUUUCUAUUUUGCCCAUUCUGAGAUCAGUCAGAUUGGUUCAGGGUCUGCUUGCUUCUGGGAGACUGCAUUCCGCUGUUUCCUCUUGUGAUGAUGUGGAUACCCAGAUGGUGUGGAAACUUGUUCGCUCUUCUUGGAUAUUGCACAUCAGUUGCAACAAACGGAGGGUUGCAGCUAUUGCUGCUCUUUUGUCCUCUGUCUUGCAUUUUUCUCUGUUUAGUGAGGAGAGGAUGCAUGUUAAUGACAAUGCACCUGGGCCUUUAAAGUGGUUCAUUGAAAAAGUUCUGGAAGAGGGUACAAAAAGUCCACGUACUAUUCGUCUUGCUGCAUUGCACCUAUCUGGGCUGUGGCUUUCAAACCCCAAGAUGAUAAAGUACUACAUAAAUGAGCUAAAGUUGCUAUCACUUUAUGGUUCUGUUGCAUUUGAUGAGGAUUUUGAAGCUGAAUUAGCUGAGAACCAUGAUGCAAGGAUUGAAGUAUCUUUAUUGGCUAAUAGCCCAGAACCUGAACUCACUGAAGCAUUUAUCAACACAGAGUUGUACGCACGUGUAUCUAUUGCUGUGCUUUUUUACAAGCUGGCUGACUUGGCUGAUAUGGUGGGAUCAACGAAUGAAAAUGAUGAUUGCCAUGCUGCUCGUGAAUCUGGAAAGUUGUUUUUGUUGGACCUUCUUGAUGCUGUGGUAAAUGAAAAAGAUCUUUCAAAGGAGCUGUAUAAAAAGUACAGUGCAAUCCAUAGGCGUAAAGUUCGUGCUUGGCAAAUGAUAUGUAUUUUAUCACGUUUCGUUGAUGAAGAUAUAGUUCAACAAGUUGCACGCAACUUGCACAUAUGCCUCUAUAGAAACAACUUCCCUGGUGUUCGCCAGUAUUUGGAAACAUUUGCAGUACAUAUCUACUUGAAGUUUCCAUCACUGGCUAAGGAGCAAUUAGUUCCUAUAUUUCAAGAUUACGAUAUGAGGCCUCAGGCUCUCUCUUCUUAUGUGUUUAUAACAGCCAAUGUCAUCAUCCACACACAUGAAACAGCUCGAUAUAGGCAUUUGGAUGAUUUACUUCCUCCUGUAAUUCCAUUAUUAACAUCACAUCACCACAGUUUACGUGCUUUUACUCAGUUACUAGUGUACCAGGUUCUUUGGAAAUUGUUGCCUGCCUUGGGUGCCAGUGCCUCUGAGUCCAUAUCCUUAGAGAAAAGGUGCUUUGAGGAUUUUAAAUUAUACUUGGCAAAGAACUCUGACUGCAUGAGGUUACGAGCAUCAAUGAAAGGAUAUCUUGAUGCAUUUGAUCCCAAGUGCUCCAUUACUCCUGCUGGAAUCUUUACUAGCCGAAUCGAGGAGCUUGAGUUUGAAUGUGUUCCAAUAUCUCUUAUGGAGCAAGUAAUUACCUUCUUAAAUGAUGUUAGGGAAGAUCUCAGAUGUUCCAUGGCAAAGGAUGCAGUGAUUGUCAAGAAUGAGACCUUGAGGAUUGUUGAGAAUCUUAAACGUGUGGACACAAAAGAGAAUCCAUUUUCCCAGCAUAUAUCAUUAGAUUUUCAGAAAAAGAUUACCCUCCCUAAGCAUGAAAGGCAGGAUAAUGAUUCUAGUUCCUCUGGCACUAAAGAAAGUUACAAACAACUUUUGGAAAUAGAAAAGGAAGAUCACCUUCUUGAGCAGUUAUUACUAUCAAGAAGUUUAGCUAUGGAAAGGAUAAGAGCAAGUCGGCAGCAGUUUGUCCUUGUUGCAUCACUACUUGAUCGCAUACCUAACCUUGCUGGAUUAGCGCGGACAUGUGAGGUAUUUAAAGCAGCUGGUUUAGCCAUUGCAGACACAGAUAUACUCCAUGACAAACAGUUCCAACUCAUCAGUGUGACUGCAGAGAAGUGGGUUCCCAUAAUAGAAGUCCCUGUAAACACACUGAAAGUUUUCCUGGAGAAAAAGAAGAGAGAAGGUUUCUCCAUCUUGGGAUUGGAGCAAACCGCAAAUAGUAUACCUCUUGACCGGUAUAUCUUUCCCAAAAAGACGGUCCUUGUGCUUGGGCGUGAGAAAGAGGGAAUACCAGUGGAUAUAAUCCAUAUUCUGGAUGCUUGCAUUGAGAUUCCACAGUUAGGAGUUGUAAGGUCACUUAAUGUUCAUGUUAGCGGGGCCAUUGCUCUCUGGGAAUAUACUCGACAGCAAAGAUCCCAAUAGCUUUUAUAUUUGAAGGCAGAUGGUGCAUGCUCCGAGUUGCAGCAUCCAGGUUGUUGCCAUAUAUGCACUGUGGUUGAAUCUGCUAAAACCUCCCCCCUUUUAAACAAAGAAAGAUGGCUUGUGGGACGAACAGAUACUGUUCGUGUAAAAAAGCUUGCAUUGGACCAGAAACAGGAAAGAAAAAACAGUCUUUUGAGUCAUCUAACAUCAUGUGUUUCACAGUUUUGGGGAAGCCAUAGGUAAGUCACUGAUUUGAUCAAUGAGCUGCUUCUGUAUAUAUAUAUAUAUAUAUAUAUAUAUAUAUAUAUAUAUAUAUAUAGAGAGAGAGAGAGAGAGAGAGAGAGAGAGAGAGAGAGAUUUUCCUCAUCUGUGCAUGAAGUUUGUUCCAAAACUACAAAUGAUAAUAAUGCAGCAUACAGGCAGGUGUGCAUGUUCAUUCAGGCUUUUAGUCAAAUAUUAUGCAUG